AGCUAGUUUUCAUAGAGCUUGGCCAUAACCAAGGAAUAUCGAAGUUAUUAAUUGAAAACCUAACCACGUUUUCUAGUCACGUAGGAUCUUAGUAAAUUUGUAAACAAUAACGCAACAAUCCAAACAUUUUAACUAAAAACAUGCCUCAGUUUUCAACACACGAGUUGGUGAGUCUGGAAAAAGAUGUGGAAUCUAAAAAGCCAUUAGUUGUCACAAAUCCUAAGGUAAUUGAUGGGUUAUAUGAAGUGCAAAAGUGUGCGGAAUGGAUCACGAAAAACUCCUUCCAAAAGGUUUGCUUGCAAUUUCCUGACCAUCUUCUGCCAGAUUCCACGGAUGUGGCUUUAAAGCUGCAAGGAAUUUUGGCUCAGUCUGUAUACGUUUUAGGUGAUACAUCGUACGAAAGUUGUUGCAUAGAUUAUGUUGCUGCUGCACACGUGGAUGCUGAUGCGAUCAUUCACUUUGGCCCCACAUGUUUUUCCAAAACAUCAGGCGAUGUUCCCUAUUUAAACAUCUACGAGAAACAUCCCUUGCAAGUCGAGCAUUUGGAGGCGGAGAUAUCUCAGAUUGUUAACAGUGUAGAAGGCAAAGAUCUAGUCAUUGUUCUUGAUGAUGCAUAUAUUCAUUAUUUUGAUGCACUUAGGCAAAGGGUUAAGAAUGCAGCUGUUCAUAAAAUAGUUGAAGACACUUUGGAUGUAGCCAACAAGAAUGUGGUAUUUAUUAGUGAGAAUCAAAGGAAAUUAAUGAAUAUUGGUUUAGGCUUCAAACCGAAAACUUUGUACUUGUACGAUCCAUCUAAACCGCCUUCGGAGCUAACUCUGUUCCAAGAAGAUCAGAAAAUCCUGAAAAGAAGAUAUUUUUUGAUGGAAAAAAUCAGAGACGCUCGCACAAUAGGCAUAGUGAUAGGAACUCUUGGCGUUAAGAAUUACCUGAAGAUCAUUGAAAGAGUGAAAAACCUUGCGAUUGCUUAUGGCAAAAAGUAUUAUCUCAUAAGCGUUGGUAAACCCACAGUGGCCAAGCUGGCAAAUUUGGGCGAGAUUGAUAUUUAUGUGAUGAUUACUUGUGCCAUGAAUGAGAUAUACGACAGUCGAGACUUUUACAAGCCGAUAGUUACACCGUAUGAUGUGGAAGUGGCUCUGAAUAGCAAUGCAAGGAUACACUUUACCUACGACUAUAACAGUUACUUGAACAACCUGGACGAGAAACUUGGUUUGGCAAAGAACGAGAAUGAAACUGAUGUGAGCCUUUUGACUGGCAAGUUGAGGUCAAAUGCUCCCGCUAAUGAGAAUAUUGAGGAAAGUUCGAGCGAUUCUCAAGUUGCUGUGAAGGGCAACGGAUCGUUAUCGGUCUACUUUGGAGCUGGAUAUCUUAGCGACCGAUUUUGGAAAGGAUUGGAGCAGAAUUUGGGAGCAACAGAUGUGAAACUGGCAGAGAAGGGCCGAAAUGGAAUAGCACAAGGAUAUGACAAUGAGACACAUUAGAUAAUAGGUAUUUAUUGUAUACACAGUUUUUAUGUUUGGUAAUAUUGUAGAUUGAAUUUCGUAAGAAGUUCUAUUAAAUAUGUUUUGUUUAAUUGCCGAAUGAAUUGUCUGGAAACAAUUCAGGGCUUUUUAUAUUUUUUUAGUAAAAUAUCGGAAAGUUGUAAGUAGUUUUAGUCUAAUUUACGCUUGAAAUCAACAGUACUAUUCUGGCUGUCUGUAUGGAUUUUAUUUAAAUUAACUGUGAAUAUAAAUCUAAUAAAUUCCUCAUCGUUAAAAAUA